CACUGACCAGCGUCUCCGCCACCCAGGCAUGAUGGCGUUCCUUCAGCAACUACGUUCCCCGGCGCUCUCCUUCAUCCAGACGGUCGCGUCUCUCUGCCUGGCUGCCAUGGCGCUCACGUCCUCCUACUGGUGUGUGGGCAAACAGAAGGUACCCAAGCCUCUGUGCUCCCCCACCAAGCAUAGCAAAUGUAUCCCGGUUCCCGGCCUGUCCAACUCGUCCAGCGUUCAGUUCUCCUGGGAGACGGGAGACGACCGCUUCGUCUUCCCCGCCUUUCACACGGGCCUGUUUGUCACUUGCGAGGAGAACAUCUACACGGAUGCGAGGGAGGAGAAGUGUCGGGGGUUCUACACUUUAACGCCGCGUUCUGAAAGAGCCAUGAUGUGGCUGUCGCUGUCCUUGGAGCUCCUGUACGUGGGUCUGCUGCUCAUCAGCUGCAUCCUGCUCUCUGUGCAGUUGUGCAUCAGGGCCUGGUUCCCCUCCACGCAGCGCUGUGGCCAGCUGCUCAACGCCUUUGCUGCCGUUUUCACAGUCUUGGGAGGUCUGCUUGGAAUGGUGGGUCACAUGAUGUUCAUGCAAGUGUUUCAGACUACAGUGUCCAUGGGCCCAGAGGACUUCAAGCCUCACAGUUAUGGCUACUCUUGGGCGUUUUACGUGGCCUGGGUCGCCUUCACCGUCUGCAUGUCAGCUGGCGUCUCCACCCUGAACAACUACACAAAGAACGUCCUCAUGGUGGCAGCGCGGCUUAACUCCAGCCUCAACCCCUUCAACUUUGUGGGGCUCCUACCCCCGGCGCCAUAUUUCUCUGCGCCGAACUCCGGCGUGGCCCGCGCUUUUCACCAAUCCCACGCGCCAAUCUCCCAUUUGUCCCCUUACUACGAGCAGCCGCCAUCCAAGUCACCACCACCACCACCACCACCACCACCCGGUAAGCCUUCCUACUCCAUUCCUCUACCCUACUCGCCGUCCUCCCACCUCGCGUCCGCAUCCUCUUUGCACCGCUUGUCCCUCCCAUCUCCAUCUCACUCGCCCAGCUUGCCCGCUCUUGUCCGCGGACCCCUGAAAGGUCAUCAAGGACCCCUGAAAGGUCAUCAAGAGAACACGGUCCCCCUUUACACGACGCAGGAUUACUGCAGCCCUCUUUGAACCGUUAUGGUGCAGUUCAUUCGGUCAGGUGCCAACACCGUUUUCAAACUCGUGUGCGGAUCAAAAUCGACCAGUGGUCUGGUUAUGGUUCCCAACAAACUUUGGUGCGAUUCACGUGAUUUAUUUGCCAGUGUCCUGUAGCGGAUAAUAAACAUCCAAUAAUUAUUCCUUCAGAAGAAUUCUGUUUUGUCCUCACCGGCUGUGCGUCCAAACAGAAUAGCGUACACUAUUCCAUUUCACCACAGGGGGCGACAGAACUCACUCACUCCAGCUUUAUCAAAAGAAAGUAAAAAAAUAUUAUGAUAAUAAAGAUAGAAACUAAAUGUUAU